AUGACCUCUAGCGUAUCCACGACCCAGCUGGGCCGUCACUUCUGGGGAUCGAUCCGCGAUUCCGUUGCCGUCCUCGCCGCAAGAUUCCCCGGCCGCCGACCGCCGCCGAACCACCUUCCAAACCCGCCAGCAGCAGGGCAGUUCUUUUUCAACACACCACACUGUCAGAACACGCGCUUCUUCCACUCCGCGAGACGUUUCUUCCAGCCGUAUCCCUCCCGAAUCCCCCCCAGGAAUGUCCGGAAGAGUUGUGCUUCGGGCGGUUUGCUGCUUCUCGGACUUAGCUCUAGUCCACACUCGACAAGCGCAGUUGUGACAACAUGCUCUGCCGCGGCCGACUCGGCGCUGGCAGGGACUUCGGGGCAGAGAGCGAACUUGAGCCAGCUGGCUCGCCAAGCAUGGCAGCAGGGUCGACAAGCCAGAAGCUGGCGGGGACCCUCUGCCAAAAGGGCCAGUAGCUCGAGCACCAAGGGGGAAGGAGACAAGAGCAAGCCGCCUUCUCUCAAACAGGAGCCAGAGACACCCAGGCCAGACCCGGUCAGAACGCCAGCUCCCGGAUCUUCCGAGCACGAGACGCUGGCAGAGUCGAUGUCCAAGUAUCUUCACCUUCCCCAUCGGCCCACAAAGGAGGAGCUGCUUGCAGCGGCAACGGGGUUCUGGCAACGGCUGAAAGUACGCUUCAAAUGGGCUUCGAUUAGGAGCAUGCGGCCUUGGAACGCUGACGAAUGGGGGGCAUUUGUUUCUUGGUUCCUGUUUGGGCACCUCGUGUGGAUCUUGGUCGGAACUACCACCUUUUUCUCUCUAAUAAUUUUGUUUAUCAACACGGUAUUUGCACAAGAAACCCUCGCAAAGUGGAUCGGCGACUACCUCACACAAUCAGCCGGCCUGACCGUCGUUUUCGAAUCGGCAAUCGUUCCGAAGUGGAAGGACGGCGUCAUCACCUUCCGUAAUGUUUUCGUGUCUCGACGGCCAGGACAGGGCAAAUCAUCCGUGAAGAAGGGCUCUUCCAACGCUGCUGCGGAAGCGGCGGCAGCCAGAAAGGCGGGCCAGGAAACAGCUGUCGUCGAGGAAGAAGACGACGGUAACUACAGCCAAUUUGACGUGACGAUCGACACGGUCAACGUCACGCUAUCAUUCAUCAAGUGGUGGAAUGGCAAGGGCUUGCUGAAGGACGUCGAGGUCAAAGGCGUCCGAGGCGUUGUGGACCGGACUUCUGUCCGCUGGGCAGCUACGGACCAGGACCCCCUCUCCUAUAGACACGAACACAACCCGGGAGAUUUUGAGCUGGACUACUUUAAGCUGGAGGAUCUGUUGGUCACAGUCCACCAGCCCGGCGGGUUCCGCCCCUUUUCCGUCUCCAUCUUUUCUUGCGAGCUUCCGCAGCUGCGGAAACAGUGGCUCUUCUACGAUUUCCUCUCCGCUUCACAUAUGUCGGGUUCCUUCGACGGGUCACUCUUCACCAUUCACCCCCGACAGAUCCACGGCGUGUCCUCGGCGGCGGAGCGUCGACACGACGAAUUCGGCGACACAUCCGUCUGGAAGAAAUUUUCGCGGUGCCGCAUCGACGGGCUCAAGAUUGACCAUCUCAACCGCAACGUUGAGGGGCCCUUCGGUUGGAUCUACGAAGGAAAUGUCGACAUUGUCGCCGACAUCAUGUUUCCCGCUGACCCUGAAGAAGGCAUCGGCAAGGUAGUAGCCGACUUCUAUGACAAGAUGGAAGAAGCGGUUACCAGCAACCGCUACCUCAAGAUUCUCGAAACUGCCAGCAGCCGAAACCUUGAACAAGAAAUAGACGUCGUCGAUAACUCCACGCCGGGCGCCUCCUACAACGGCCAAAAUGACAGUAACGACCAAACCGACGACCCUCCCUCCUCCCCACUGGAAGAAGCUCUCUCCUCCCCCACCCCUCCGGCCAUACCAACCACCACCCCAGCCAACCUCGCCGCCGCCUCCGCCCUCUCCUCCUCCUCUUCCUCCUCCUCUUCCUCCUCCUCUUCCUCCUCCACAGAACCCCCCUCUUACUUGGUCAUGGACAUGCGCAUCCACCUCAACGACGUGCGCGCCGCGGUCCCGCUCUUCAACAACCGCCACAUGAGCUACGUCAACCAGGCGCUGGUGCGACCCAUCGUCGCCUACAUCAACGCCAAGCGCACCUACAUACCCGUCAACUGCCGCGUCGUGAAACGCCUCUCGGACUUUGACGGCUCCUGGACCGUGUACGACUGCGGGCUGAUGGAUGACACGGGCGCCGAGGUGUACGCGGCGUUUGCGCGCUCCGUCGAGGACCAGCAGAGCCGCGUCCGAAGGUUCAAGAGGGUUGGGCUGUGGACGGUUAGCUUGGUUGUGCAUGCUUUGCUUGCGGGGGUGGCGGGGGAUUUGAUGUAG